CGUAAGUUAAAAUAGAAUUACUUUGGAGUGGAAUUAAAAUAUAAAUCAUUAAUGAUUUAUUGUUUUUCAGCUCUAAUUGGCUUUUUUUAAAUGUAGAAAUGUACAUAAAUAUUGCAUAAUUGUUUUUAGUCGCAGCUACUCGGCUCGGCACUCUCGACAGAAUUGAAUUACAUACUUUUUAUUAUUUAUUGAUUCAUUUGCAGAAUACCGAAAAGUCUCACCCAAUUGAUUUCAAAUUGUACCAGGGAUGAUUUUGGCUGUAUCCAAGAAUGAUGAUGAAGGGAAAAGAAAAAUGCCAUCGGUGGAAGUUGAAACAGUUAAUAAGACGGGAAGAUCUCAUCUAAACGUUCAAGUUAGGAAGUGCCAUUACAUUGAUUGUGAUAGCACUUCAUUAAAUGGAAUUGAUCUUAAAUGUGCUCCAAAGGCUUCAAGUAUAAAUAAUGCUGAGCGUAGAAGACAAUGGUUGAUAAACAUGGGCUUGCCUGCUGAUGAUGAGCGAACAGAUAUUCGAUGUUGUGUCAAACACUUUGACAUAAAAUUUUUUUACGGAAAUGGUAAACUGAUCAAAGAUGCAGUACCUAAGCCAUGGAUGCCAGCUUUACCGACGAGAAAUCUAGAUCCAGAUGUGGAAGAUGUCAAUCCAAUUGGGGAGUCUUUGGAUUGUUCAAUACGAAAAACAUUUGAUGCUGUUGACGGUCCAUUGCGAGGAUUGGUGAAUAUGGGGAACUCAUGCUAUAUAAAUUCACUUUGCCAGGCUUGGUUUGCAUGCAGCUGGAUUUGGAUGCUGCUUAAUAAUCACAAAGAAGAAAGUUGCCAACUCUUGAAGUCUAAAAGUUGCAUUAUUUGCUUGCUGAAAGAAGUUGGUCGUGAGGUAACAAAAACUUGUGCUGAGCCUUUCACACCCUUGGACUUGCUUACACAAAUUUGGAGCACAAAAGAUUUUGACGAAGGUUUACAGCAGGACUCCAUGGAAUUGCACAGAAUGUUACUCGAAAAGAUUGAGUCGUUGGAUAAGAAGGGAGUGAGUGAAGUUUUCGAGGGCAAAGAAGUUUUUGAGCGUCAAUGUUUAGUGUGCGGCAAAACCCGGUAUUUAAGUCAGCCCAUGUACGACCUUUGCCUACCCAUGGCAUCUGAUUUGAAGGAAGCUCUGCGUAUUUACAUGAACAGUGACGAUAGCUGCGUUCAUGAGCCGUAUUGCUCACAUUGCCACAGAGGAACUCCACAAAAGGAAAUAAUUUAUUUUCAGGAGCUUCCAAAAGUUUUGGUAAUUCAACUGAAAAGGUGAUUUUGAUUCAAAUUUUGAUGAGCGUUGUGUAACGGGGAUUUAUUUAAUUUAUGUUUUUUAUUAUUUUUUCAAUUUAUUAUUAUUUACUCUGUAAUUAAUUUUGUUUCUGUUUCCAGCAAUCCAAAUGAAAAUGUGCAGACCCAUUAUGUGACUAACAAAACUGAGAAGAACAUAACUUUUAUUUUUUCAACUCGUCUUGUUUUUUUUGCAAGCGUUAUUUUUAUUUGUUAUCAGGGAAGUUUUAGAGUUAAAAAAAGAACAUUUUACUUUGUGAUUUCAUUUUGUAGGUACAUGGGUGAAGGAAUGUUAUUGGUGGUGUUGAAAAAGUGAUGUCUGUGGUUUUGUGUUGAUGUGCCUCAUCAGGUGGUGUGUUCAUUUCAAAGAAUUAAUUAAUACGGGAUCUGGUAUGGAUUGAAUAAGUGAUAUUAUAUUCAUACUAAAUUAUUCUCUAUUCAACUUCAAUAAUAAAAAUUUAGGUUCAGCAACCAGGCCAACCAGCUUUUGAAAGACUCUGGUGAAAUUGUCUUGGACUAUGGUUUGACGUUGAAGCAGAGUAUCUUUGCGUUAAAAGAUGGCCAAAUUAUAAAAAAAAAUGGAACUGAGGAGGUGUCAUUUUUUUGCAAAGCCAUCAUCCAUCAUGAAGGUGAUUUGAGCAAAGGACACUAUAUUUGUCAAAGUCUAAUGCAAGAUGGUACGAUCAAUAUUUACAACGAUUCGAAAGUGUCCUCCUUCACUGUACUGGAUGGUGACAGCCAGAAAAGUGACACAGGUUACAUAUUAUUUUAUGAGAGAACCACUUCUGAUUCUGAUACUUCUUUUGAACACUUUCAAUCAUCAUGUAAUAGAACACCAAUGAACAACCCUCGAACCGUCGAGAAUCAAAACCUUUCGCCUCAGAUGCUGCAGUCAUGGACACCAUCUUCAUCACCAAGGCUACCAGUUAGAAGUUCUCCUCGUACACCACUUCGCCCAUUGAACUCGGAUUCCAGCUGUGGUCUGAUAGGAGAAAACUGUCAGGCUUCACCACAAUUUCAGCAAGAAACGCCUUCAUCACCCUAUCUGCCAGCCAGAGGCCCAAGAACAAGAAAGCUGCAAAUUUCUUCGCAAGCAGACAAUUAUCGAUUUUUGAAUGAUAACUCUGAGCUGGAGCCUGCAACUUCUCCAGGGUCUCCAUACAAACCAAGAAAAAAAAUUCAGAGACUGAAUAGUUCCAGCUUUGGUGGAUCUACAGCAUACAAUCUGCUUCAAGGGUGCCCUUCGUCCAAGAAGAAUCUCAAGGCAGAAGUGGUGAAACAAUAUGUUUUGCCUCAUCUGCCUUUAAAUCGGUCGAAGCCUUUUGGUCGGAAACCAACAGACGAACAACAUAGACAAUCAUUACCGCAGCAUCAACAAACACCAUCUCAACAAGAACUACCACCUCCACCACCUACGUACCCACCUCAGACUUUGCCGCAAGUAACCACUACUCUGCAGCAACCACAGCCACCGCAUGAACAACAGGUAGCACCGCCAUCCGAGAACGAUACACCUACGACACCACCACAAGAACAACCUCGUCCAACACCACCUCAACAGCCACAAGUACGACAAAUACUACCACCUCCACCACGAUCCGGACAUGCGUGCCCACCUCGGACUUUGCCGCAAGUAACCGCUACCCUGCAGCAACCACAGCCACCGCAUGAACAACAGGUAGCACCGCCAUUCGAGAACGAUACACCUACGACACCACCACAAGAACAACCUCGUCCAACACCACCUCAACAGCCACAAGUACGACAAAUACUACCACCUCCACCACGAUCCGGACAUGCGUACCCACCUCGGACUUUGCCGCAAGUAACCGCUACCCUGCAGCAACCACAGCCACCACAUGAACAACAGGUAGCAGCAUCUGAGAACGAGCAAACUCCAACACAACCGCCUCUAUCACCGCCUCAACAACCACAAGUAGCAUCACCUCAACAAGAAUCACCAUCACCACCACGUCAUGCACAAGAACAGCAACCUCCACGUCAAAAACAACUACCAGCAAAUCCAUCCAAGAAAACACUAUUUGAAAAGCUUGACAGAAAGAGUUUGAUUGCAUUUGCAAAGAAGAAGAACAAAGAGGUCAAGAGGUUGAAAAAGAUGAGGCUUAAAAGAAAAGCCACCAACCCUGCUUCGAAGGAAGCUGCCAUACUCUAUUUACGAAAACACCUGCCUACAAAAUGCGUCGAUUUUAUUGAUCGACAAAUCAAGCUUCAGAAAGUGAAGCCACAAGGUCGAAGAUAUGAUCGACAAGACCUUAUACUCACCAUGGGUCUUCAGAAAGGGGGACGAAGAGCAAGAGCGGCUGUCAGUGACAUGUUCAUUCUUCCAUCAAAAAAAACUCUUCUUCGUUUCACGCAAGGGCUAAGCAUCGAACCAGGAAUAAUUGAGCCUAUAUUGGAGGGUGUUGGAGAUUUUACAUCAGAUUUAGAGGAUGAAAGGGACUGUUACGCAGUUCUCUUGUGGGAUGAAUUAUCCAUUGAUGAGUUUUUGAUGUGGUCCUCAAAGUGGAAAAAAUUUCAAGGAUUUAGCGAUUAUGGGCCAGGAGAGGAGACCACCAAAGAAUUGGCGGAUCACGCACUUAUUUUUUUCGUUGUUCUGCUCAGAAACAAGAAGGUCAAGUUCCCAGUCUCUUACUAUUUUUCUACAGGAACCACGCCUUCAUCAGUCUUAGCAAAUUUGAUUGAAAAAAAUAUUAGGAGGUUGAAAACUUUCGGAGUAAAAAUAAAAUUUUGCACUUGCGACCAGGCGCCGACAAAUUUAAAGGCCCUGGAAAUAUUGAAGGCUUGCGCAAACAAACCUUAUUUUCUAAUAGAUGGGGAAGAAAUUUGCUGUGGCCCGGAUUUCGUGCAUAUAGGAAAAUGUAUAGUAAGCAUGUUCAGAAAGUAUGACCUGGAAAUUGGACCUGGACGAUAUGCCAAAAUUAAGCACGUAGAGGAACUUUUAAGUUUAAAAGGCAAGCUCAUCGGAACAACAUUAGCACCGAAACUAACGGCUGCGCAUAUUUAUGCAAGAGACAAACAGGCCAUGAAAGUGAAACUGGCAUUCCAGUUGGUCAGCUCCAGUGUUGCGGCUUCUCUCAAUACGUUAAUUGCGCAAGGUCUCCUCCCGUCUGAAGCGUGUCAUACCGUAGAAUUUAUACAAUUCAUGGACAACUUGGUCGACUCGUUUAAUGGAAGCUCGUAUUCGCAUGCAAAACCUUUGAAAGGCCGGCUGCAUGAAUCCUCUGCCCACUGGGAUUUUUGGAAUAAAGCUGAAUUAUUUGUGGGGAAAUGGAAGUUCAGAAAAAAAGAUGGGACAACAGUCUGGACGCCAUCCAUACACUCUCUUGUUUGGCUGAUUCGAUCAAUGAAACUAUUUUUUCCGAUGAUGCGUGCAAGAGGGUUUGAGUUUCUCUUAACAAGAAGAAUUCAGCAGGACCCUCUAGAGAAUUUCAACGGGGAAAUACGAGAGCAAUGUGGUAGCGGACAUUCCCCCACAGUUUUGACUUUCUGCGCUUGCUUGGUUGGAGCUUUUUUUAACCUUUUAAUGUAUCUAAAACUCCACAAUGAAAAGAAAAAUUGUGAGGACGAUGGAUUAAGCUGCCGUGAGCUGGCACCUUAUAUUUUUGAUGCAUUUUUUAGAAAGGUACAACAAAACCCCACCUUGCCUUUGGAGCCUGAACCAUGCGAAGACAGUACAUCUGAUGAGGAGUCUCAAGAUGCGGACGAUGAACUCAUUGACUUGCAGAGCCAAAGUGAUUCGUAUUUUGGAGGAGUCGCAUUGAAAAAGGUGGACAAUGUUUUGCAUUGUGCUAUGUGCAUUGAAUCUGCGACAUCCAGUGAAACACUGCCCAGCCAGGUCUAUACCAUGUUUAGAGAGUAUCGCGAUAAUCAGUCCAAACUGCUGUACGUUAGCGACAAUUUCGCAAACUUUGUUUGUUCAAAACUGAGGAGAAUUAAGUCAGAGCUCCAUACUAAACAGAGUAUGCCAAAAGAUGUAUUCAGACAUAUAUAUGACAAGGUUUUGAAUGAUGCUUCAUGUGAGUUUGGUUGUUCACGUCAUUCUGAACAAUUUCUUCAAAUAUUAUUUCAAUAUAUUUUUAAAUGUGCAGUGCAUUGGUACGCCAAAGAAACUUUGAGGAGUAAAAAGAAGUAUUCUAAAUAUUACAUUAUUUACUUUUAAUUUUUUCAAACGGAUACCUGUCUGGAAUUAAGAGAAUAUUUUUAAUCAUUAUUAUUUCUAUUAAAAAACACUUGCUAUGCGGCCAUACAUACGAAAUGUAACCCGUUAAUUUAUUUUUCCGCGUAUGACUGCCAAUAAAUAAUAUUUGUUUUGUGCGUUGACCGCUGGAGCAAGACCUUGUUGAGCAAGACCACACAUUAUUUUUAUUGUUGAUUUUUACCGCCGCAAAAGUACAAU